AUGUCCCUGGCUCACCUCGCCUGGGGCGACGCCUCCGCCCCCUUCGUUUUUCUCGUGGCGCUCACGGUCGCGGCUCUCAAGGUCUCCAUCUGCAUCGCCUUCCUCUUCCUCGUACCAGCCGUUCUGCUGUGCGGCAUCGGCCUCGCCUACGUGAUUGCGGUUGAAUCUCGAUCUGGUUCUCAGCCCAGGAAGCGCGCCUUUGGACCAAUCACGCGGGAGUCGAUUCGGGAGUUCAUUAAGUUUGUGUUUCCCCAUGCCGUGGUCCUUGGAUUGGUCGCAGAUUUGGCCUUCAUCCUGCUAACUGCUGCUGGUGCUCUGGUAAUGUCCAUGUCGCCGUCUGCGGAGGGAUCGGUAUCUCAGGGACAAAUGAUUGGUUCUGUGGUCAUGGAUGUGGGGAUGCUUGGCUUCCAUGCGAUAUCUUGCUUUGUUAUCAUUCCAGCUUUCGCACUGCAUAUCUUGAGGAAGGACCAGGCGGGCAGGAAAGCAGGACUCACCGUGGCAGUUUGUUGAGCCAUAACCCCGAACUGAAGAUGUGAAGAAACGCUGGGCAGAUACAAGAGACUUCGCUGAAGAUUAUAGCCGCUGACAAGUACUGGAUUGUAGUUACAUGUAUCCACGAUUGUAUAUUGGCCCCCCUACUUAGUAUUGCACACUCCAUGUGCUAGGAGCUCUGAUGAUUGGACAUUAUUGCGUUUCAGACUUCAGUGUUUACCUGUUGUUAGGAUGUUGUUAGGACGCCAACACUGCCGGAGCCCGGAGGAUAGUUCUUUUCUAGGCGAAUAGAUUUUGCCAUGUUUGCAAUUUUAUCAUGGAUGACUACUGUUUCCUUGCAAGAGGUAUAGGCUCUGUGGCAGUUACCAUAGAAUGUC